AAAAAUGAAAAUGACAAAGUUCUUACAAGAGUGAAUUUAUACCCAUGCCGAUGUGCAAGUGCUUGAAAGUUGAGACUGAUAAAUGCAAAGAUCCAACCCAGUCAAUUGGGAUAAUAUAUUAUAAUGAUAAUGGAUACCCUACUAACAUCCAUUGUGCUUAAUUGUUCCUCAAGUUCAUGAUUGAGUAGUUGAGUGGAUAUUGCUGCCCAUAUUAACCAUAAACAUGAAUUUCUCUAUACCAUUUUAGGCGAUGGGAACUUGUUCAGCGGACCUAGCUGCGCUCCUCUGCCCCAACGCCACCGCCAUUGCGGCAGCUGACUACAUAUGCAACAAGUUCAGUGACGCUUCCUUUGCCGUUGACAACACUUACCUUCUCUUCUCAGCUUACCUUAACUUCUUCAUGCAACUUGGCUUCGCCAUGCUUUGCGCUGGCUCAGUCCGUGCCAAAAACGCCAUCAGCGUCAUGCUCACUAACGUCCUCGACGCCGCCAUCGCUGGCCUCUUCUAUUACCUUUUCGGGUUUGCUUUUGCCUUUGGUUCCCCUUCCAAUGGCGGUUUCAUUGGUCGCCACAAUUUUGGCUUAGAAUCCAUUCCUUCAUCUUCCUUUGAUUAUAGCAAUUUCCUUUAUCAUUGGGCUUUUGCUGUUUCAGCUGCCGGGAUUGCUAGUGGCUCCAUGGCUGAAAGAACCCAAUUCGUUGCUUAUCUUAUCUAUUCAUCUUUUUUAACCGGUUUUGUUUACCCUGUUGUUUCUCAUUGGUUUUGGGCGACUGAUGGUUGGGCCACUGCUUUUCGAGUAGAUAAUGGCUUCCUCUUUGGUAGUGGGGUUAUUGACUUUGCCGGUUCAGGGGUUGUUCAUAUGGUUGGUGGUGUAGCCGGUUUAUGGGGUGCACUUAUUGAAGGACCAAGGAUAGGCCGCUUCGACUCUUGGGGCAGGUCAGUUGCCUUGCGUGAUCAUAAUGCAACCCUUGUUGUUCUUGGAACUUUCAUACUUUGGUUCGGUUGGUAUGGGUUCAACCCCGGUUCAUUUAACAAAAUCUCCGGUUUGUACACCUCUGGAAACCAUUAUGGGCAGUGGAGUGCGGUGGGGAGAACAGCGGUGACCACCACUCUAGCCGGAUGCACGUCGGCGUUGACUACCCUUUUUGGGAAAUGGAUUUUGACAAGUCAUUGGGAUGUGACCGAUGUUUGCAGUGGUUUACUUGGUGGUUUUGCUGCUAUCACAGCAGGCUGCUCUGUUGUUGAACCCUGGGCUGCCAUUAUCUGUGGCUUUGUGGCUGCAUGGGUGUUGACCAGUUGCAACAAUUUGGCCGAGAAAGUGAGGUACGAUGAUCCAUUAGGAGCGGCUCAAUUGCAUGGUGGAUGUGGGGCUUGGGGGGUAAUUUUUACAGCUUUGUUUGCUUCGGAAAAGUAUGUGAGGGAAGUCUACCCCAGCAGGCCGGUUCGAUAUGGUUUGUUUAUGGGAGGUGGAGGGAGGCUGUUGGCUGCUCAUAUUAUCCAGAUUUUAGUCAUUGUUGGGUGGGUGAGUGCUACAAUGGGGACCCUGUUUUAUUUCCUUCAUAAAUUUGGGCUUCUGAGGGUUUCAGCUGAUGAUGAAAUGGCCGACAUGGAGUUGACAAGGCAGGUGGGGCUCGCUUAUGUUGACCAUGAUGAAGAUGAAUCACAAAAACAGGGGAUUCAAAUGAAGAAAAUUGUUGGAACAAAAAUGUGAAGAAAAUUGAAAGCCUACAGUAUAUAAUAUAUUCAAUAAAAAUAUGAACAUAUAUAUUGGAAAAAAUAAAUCGAACUAAAAAAACAUUAGGGUGCAGUGUGCAGCAGCACUUCAUUCUUAAAUAAAAUACAAAUUAUAUUUCUCUUGA